AGAGUGAGAGUUCCGGUUCGGAGGGACGCACAUGGACGGACUAACGGACCUGCUGCGGCUCUGAUCCGGUCCCGGUCCGGAUCCCAUGGAGCUCUGAGGCCGCUGGUUCUGGACCCGGCUCGGACCGACGCGGGUUGCUGACCCGGUGCCUUCUGGGAAAUAAAAAGUUGACCAGCCAAUAAUCGAUGAGUCUCGAUCCGCUGCGGAGACCAACCAGCUGAUCCGGGUCUGCUCUGCGGGACAUGGAGCUCCGCGGCCGGCUGCUGCUGCUGCUCGGCCUGGGGCUCCGGUUCUGCUCCGGGACCACCGGGGGGGGCGCCGGGGACACCGGGACCACCGGGGACACCGGGGACACCGGAGACCGCCUGGUGUCCGACCGGUACGAGGUGUACUGGAACAGCUCCAACCCCCGGUUCUUCGGUGGCGAGUACACAGUGGAGGUGGCGAUCAACGACUACCUGGACGUGUACUGUCCGCACUACGAGGGGGAGGAGCCAUCGGAGCGCACGGAGCAGUACGUGUUGUACAUGGUGAACUACGACGGGUACACAACAUGUGACCACCGCAGGAAAGGAUUCAAACGCUGGGAGUGUAACCGCCCACUGAGCGCCAGCGGACCGCUCAAGUUCUCCGAGAAGUUCCAGCUGUUCACGCCGUUCAGCCUCGGCUUCGAGUUCCGGCCGGGACACGAGUACUAUUACAUCUCGUCUCCUCAUCUGAAUUUGGCUGGAAAACCUUGUUUGAAGCUGAAGAUUUACGUCAAACCAACGAACGACUCUGUGUACGAGUCUCCGGAACCGUUUCUGACGGACGACACCACCGGCGGCUGCGUCCUCGCUAGGCCCCGCCUCUCCCUGCUUCUCACCAUGUUGGUCGCGGCGCUCUUCAUCCUCUUCCUCGCCUGCUCAUAGUCCCUCCUCUUCAUCCUCCUCCUGUUCGCUGUGACAGAUCGGAAACGAGGCAGGAACACGUCUCACCGACCUCUGACCUUCAUCAGAGGUCACCUCAGCGGCUCAGCCAAUCAGGAGGCAGAGACUGACGGUGGGAGGAGCCUGGAGCUCAGGUGGCUCGAAUUACCACAGAUGUUCAUUUUUUAAUGAAUAACUUAUUCUUUUAUAUUCACACAACAAAAAUCCUUCAUUAAAUUUAAACUUUAUUUAAACUUUAUUUACAGCUAAAUAAAACAGAAUUAAUGAAGAAAUCAAAUAAAAGAUUUAAAUGAAAAGCUGGAGGUGAAGUUAAAGAUAAAAUCUGACUUUUUAAAGCUGAACAAGAUCAUUUGUUAUUUUGUGUAUGAAAAAAUAACCAAAACAUGAUUUUAAUGUACAUUUGUUUCCUUCUUUGAUUGUUAGAUUAUGUCUCUCUCUCUCUCUCUCUCUCUCUCUC